UUAGCUGAAAAGUUGUUGAAGCUGUAAGAAAACCUCAAGUAAACCACAUUUAAACAGGGCACCCUCAAGAUAAGAAAUGGCAUUUCAAUACCCCAAACAUCAAGGGUGGUGCCCCUCCAACGGUUACCAAGUCCACGAAGUAACAGGGCCUGCACUUCGCAAGCGCCCUGAUCGUCCUCGACAGCAAAAGGGUCAUGUGACAUUCAAAACCAACGUCGAGGAUCCCAUAACAGUAGUGGAAGCACCCCCUGUUGCAGAGGCACAGACAGAGACCACUAGUAACCGUGUAAAUGCUAUUGAGAGCGUAGACCAAAAAGCUGAUGACUUUAUUAAGCAAGGGCACAUAAGGAUUGAACUUGCCAGGCUCAAGUCUCUGGGGAAGUAGCUAUUUAAGGUGGUGGUGGUGCUGCAUGUGCAGGGUUAUCAUAUACAUAAAAAUAAAUAAUGCAUCAAGGCCUCACUCUUCUAUGGUGUGUUCAAAAUAAUUUGUUACUUCAUAUGUUCCAGUAGAGUGCUCAUUAUGAUUAACUUAUGUGGUUUUCAUGA